GUCUACGUCUCGUUUUUGUUUUGUGUUUUGUUUUUGAGUAUGAGUAUGCUGUGCCGCUCCUGUUCAUGGAGCGGAUCUGUGUGCGUGUGUGAUUGUGUGGGGGUAAAAAGGAAAGCACAUAAGCAUGGCAAAAAAAAAGGCUUCCGAAAAGAGAAAGUUUUCUCUGUGCCAGCAAGGGUAUUUUGACUUUGUGGGGAGAUUUGAUUUUGUACGGAUGAUUUCUUUUCAUAUUUAAUUAUUUAUACUAUGAUCGGGAUUCCUCUGUCUUUUGUGUACAUUAUUGAUUGAUGGAACCUAGGUCAAUACAUGUUGAAUUUUUUGGUGUGGUUAACAGCUUAGUCUAAGACAUGGCUUGUUAACGAUUUUCGUAAUUUGUACGUGUACCAGGAUCAGUCAAGUAACCAGUUAGGCAGCAGCUGUAAUUAAAGUUCAAACUCAUGGUUUCUCAUUAAUGCCCAAAAACAUAAUGCACAGCCAACAAUUAUAAGUUGGUUUUUUGUUUUAAUUGAAUGCAACAAUUACAACAAUUGGCAGCGGCUGCGAACAAAAAAAGAACUGCACGACCUCGACAUGCAAAAAGCCGCGCUCUGGACGUUGGCCCCAAGAGCAGCGUGCAGCUUCCAUCGUGCAUGAUCAAGCCGGCAGGCAAUGUUUGUGGAUCGCAAUUGUGGAACCCAAGAGAAUCAAAAGCGGCAGAGCGCUCGAGAGAGCCAAUUCGAGAGCGCGCUCCAACUGGGUAUAACGGCUUUUACUGUUAACCCAUGUGGGGGCCGGCGCGCACAAGCUUGAAUUGAAUUUUCAGCUGACUUCAGUCUGCCGCACGCCAGGCUACGAAGCGGUCGCUCUCUGCUCUUGCUAUUGGCCACACAUAGAAACCCGUUCGCGACCGUCGCACCCGAUUCGUCUCGAGCUCCGUACCCUUACCCGUGUUUCGGUUGGCAGCCGCGCAUGCGCAAAGUGUUUCGUAAUUGACAGCCAGCGAACAGCAGCAGCAGCGGCUUGUCCCAGUUUCCAGUUCGCUUUUCAUUUCGUUGUAGACAGAUUUUUGUAGAUUUUUUCGGUAAUGCCCACGGGCUGCGCAAAUGCAUCAUUGAGUGUUGGGGGCAUAGUAUAUUGAAAGCGGCCAAGUGAUGUGCAAUCGACUACGUACCAAGACCAGACGACAAGCAACAGAGGACGCCACCACUCACAGAGAUCAGGAGCAAGGAGAGCGGCAGGAUUAUGAGAUCGCAUGUGGCCGUCUAUCGCGCGCCAGACAACGGGAAUAUCCACGCUGGACCCUUUGCUAGAUAUCAUCAGUCUCAGCACUUGCAUUGGGCCUCAACGCAGCCGGUUCCUCCACCCACUUCAGCCGCUGCCGCUGCCGCCGCCGCCUGCUACAAUCAGCUCCAGCGUCAGCGCCUGCAUCAUGGACCACACGUUCCCUGGACACCUGCUCAUGCCCAGGGGCAGACUCCACUAGCUCCGUCCCCACAGGCAGCCAGCUAUGGCAUUGGGUUGUCCCUACCGCCUGUGGUUAAUCAGCAGCGCAUCAACGAGUGCGCCGGAAUCCCACUAAUCUCGAACGCCUCCAGCCACCUGUCCCCGGGUCAACGUCAGCGUCUGCUAAGGAAGACAGCUCCAAAGACGCCACCAUGGCCACCGACGGGUGUGCACUCCAUGUCCCAGCUGGCGGCCCACACCCAGGGUAUGCCACUCCUCCAGCAGAACGGCAAGCAGCAUCUGCCACAGCAUCACCAGGCGCAGCCGCACCAUCAUCCACCGUCGUGGAGUGCCUACCAGCCGAUGACCCAAGCCAGCCAGAACUACAAGCUGGCGGAUAAAUCCCGAGCCCUACGCUACCAGAACUCUGCUCCGCCCAUGCUCCAAAGCCAGGAAAAACAAACGCUGACCGGUACUGCUACUGGCUGCCAGGAUGCCACACCGCCGCCGGAGAGCUGCCUGCCUCGGAUCAUUAAGCCGCGCAAGCGCCGCAAAAAGGAUCGGAAGCCCGGAAACGGGGUACUGCUCAAAAUGGAAACGGAUCUGCAGAUGAAGUCGUCCGUCCAGGGAGAGGAUCAUCCAUACCAUCAUCUGCUGCCUCUGGCCGGAGGUGGUGGACUCUUGCAGCACGAUCACACGCACGGCGUUUGCUUCUGCCGGGACUGCGAUCCGCUGCGAUCCCUGUGGGACUACCAGACACAAACACUGCGUCGAUCGCUCUCCGAUGCCUCCUCCAGCGAGCCGGGCGAUGGCAGCCGAGAGUCCUCCUCCUCCACCUCGUCUACGCACUCGUCGGACAGCUCCUGCGAUAGCUCCAUCUGCUCCCAGAGUCUGCCGCCGACCAGCAACUGUGCGCCCACUGGGCAGGAGGAGACCGUCGAGGAGUUUGCACCCAUAACCGGGGACAGCAGUCGGGCGGACAUUGUGGGCGUCAUUGGAUCGCAGCGGAGCCACCAAGUGGGUCAUGCCCAUGAGGGCGUCAUCGCGACGCCCUCACAGUGCAGCCUCAGCGAUGACUCGGGCUAUGGCGACAUCUUAAGUGGGAUUAACAUAGCCAACGAUCUCUUUGGCAACAUUGGCUUCAAAGGCAGGGCCUCAUCGGAGUCAUCUUACUCGUCCGCCUGCGCCGCCCAGGCGGAGACGCUGCUUGACGAGAGCAUCAGCGAGAUAUCGAGGAAGCUCAUUGAGACGUGCAGCAGCGGUGCAUCGUCGUCAUCGUCGUCGUCGUCGUCAGGCGGAGAUCGACACGGUUCGGCUUUGGGGUCGGGAGCCAGCGACAGUGGCUUGGAUAGUGCUGGCAGCUACAGUCGCGACUCUGGCCUCGUCUUUAGCUUUGAGCAUUUGAAUCUAAAUCUGAAUCUGACGGAUGCGACGCCCACAUCUUUGGAUUUUCUUGUGGAUUGCAACAACAAUAGCAGCAGCAUAAGCAGCAGCGACAGAAACGACAGAAAGAGCAACAAUGGCAUCAGCAUGGGCAGCGACAAGGGAGGAGCAACCUCACAGCAAUUUUAUAACAAUUGCUUUGGCCUGUUGUGGCAGCAGCAACAGCAGCAAAAGCAGCAGUAGCCGCGGCAGCAACAGAAGCAGCGCAGCAACAAGCGCCAGCCAGCCAGGUCGUGAGAGGAAGAGUCCAAGAGAGUUUGUGCAAAGCAGCAGAGGCCAGGUCGUGAGAGGAGCCCAGAGAGUGCAAGCAGCCGAGUCGCGCGGGAGAGAGGGCCCGCGGUUAGCAACUGAGCGAACGCGUUCCACACAUAACGGAGCCCAACUGGUCUGGUCAUAAUAGAAUCCCCAAACAGCAGCAGCAGCAAGCAACAGUAACGACAA